UUUGUUAUUAAAAAACAUUGGGGUUAGAACCUGACUUCACAUACUAUACCUCGAAAUUCCAUACAUGAAACAGCAGGUUAUCUGAUUUUUAACCAGUGUUGUUCAGGGUUGUGUCUGAAAUUCACGGCAUUGAUUUUCACGUUGCGUGCGCAGACUGGUACAAGGACGUCACAUACAAUUAUGAACGUUAAGAAGAGAUCAAAACUACGAAGGGAAGUGUAGGAGAAAGUGACGUAAGGUUAUCAACAUGCAAAAUUUAUCUUACAAUGAAUUAGUAGUUGAAAUGUUUCACAUCAGUCAGUUGGUGUUCUGCCAUCAAGCUAACAGGUAGCUGAAUGUAGCUGAUGAUAUUUUAUUCGGUGUUUAUGAAAGAAGACAAGUCAGCUAUACUUGAGUUAUUGUUAACAUGUCAUAACAAACCAGCAAUCAACAAGUACUGAGCAAAUGCUGCAGAUAAAUGUUUUUUGGAAUGAAUCGAGCCUACCCUAUCAUUCCAACCCCAGUUGUACCACCCUUAUAUCAGCCCCAUAAUAGUGCAUCAAGUGGUUCCAACAGAAGCAGUACACCACAUCCUGAAACUAUUCCUCCACAAACUACUAGAAAGCGACAUAAAUCAUCUCUGACUUUUCUUAACCACACAACUCAAAAGUUGCCAAUUUAUAGUCAACAACACGAAAAACCUCCAUCAAUUCUUAAAAACAAGGAAAAAUAUUCAAGUUCGAAAGGUGAGAGAGGAGUUUCAGACAUUCAUGCAGGGACACACAACAAUGAUAUGAAUCGAAUGUAUGAUGAAACGGAUGGUUAUGAAACAGGAAAUGUCAGUAGAAGUCAGUAUGAAUUUUACGAAGGUAAGGAAAGUGUUGAAGAUGAGUUUCAACCAAAUAUUCCUGGAACAGUGAUUGAAAACUGCAGUCACAGCACCCAGAUUUUUGUUAAGAUCUUGAGCCAGCAACCACAUGGAACCUCACAGAGAAUAUGUAAUAUCAAAGAGGAUAAAAAUGGUGGAGUAACCAUUUACAUGUCAAAGCCACAGAAAGAUCAUGACAAUAUUAAUAAUCCAAAACAAUACGAGGAUAAUUAUGAACAACUAAAGAGGCAGAAAGACUGCCAGAAUCUUCAUAAUCAUCCCUCAGAACCACCAAAGAUACCACCAAGAAAAUCAAAACAGAAAACAAACAAGGAAGCAAAGACACAAUCAAAGAAAGCAUAUUCUGUUGAAAAUAGUUUGCCAGAAGAGCAGCAGGAUUACCAGCACAUUUCUGGGACAUCAGAAAUGAAUGCAACACACACUUCUGCAGAGGAAGGACAACAUAAUAUUCAGAACUAUGAUCCUGACUUAAACAGGAAUGUUAACAGAAAUGGAGAUGAUACAGAAAUAGUGAUACGUGCUGAAAGUGAGGUUCAAUUAGGUAAUUCAAAACUGACAUAUAAAGACAUAGCAUUACCAAUAAGCAUAGACAAUAAAGAGUUUACUGCAGAACAAUGUAUAUCUGUUGGGGUUCAGGUUUCUCCUUCACCACAAUAUCGCUUGAGAUUUCUACCAGCAGGUGGCUGCUCUGCUAACAACAGCAGUGAGUGGGAAUUCUGUGGCUCUGAAAGGAUGCGAUUCUUUUUGCAACUUGUAGGUCGCUGGACAUUUUCCCAGAGUGGGUUAGGGGUUAUACUCUUCAUCUGGGCUUUGCUAGGUGCCACUGCAUUCCGAGCAACAGAAGGACCCUAUGAGGAGCAGGUAGCAAGAGAACUAAUGGCUAGGCAAGAAGAACUAGUGAUUGAAUUGUCAGGGGAUUUAAGGAUAUUAAAACAGGAGGAACCAGGGUGGCAUAACAAGAUAGGGUAUUAUGUGGAUAAACACAAAGAAAUGCUACUUGAAGCAGUGAGUGAAGGCUAUGGAGAAGGAGGCAGCAAAGGCAAGAUAUGGAGUUACGCAGGGUGUCUACUAUUUUCCGUGUCACUUCUUACCACGUUAGGUUUUGGAGCUCCAGUUCCAAGAACUACAUUGGGCAGAAUAUCAGCUGUGAUAUUCUCAGCAAUUGGCAUCCCGUUACAUCUGCUCCUAGUGCUAAACAUUGGUAUGCUGGUAACAGUCAAGCUGCAAUUUCUUGCCACCAAAUGGCAACCUGGCACAUCAUUUCCCACAGCGCUGUUCCAAUGCUGUUGUCGGUACGGUGUAAAGAAACCAUCCAGUCCAAUUCAGCAAACAUCUGAAGAUCAGAUUUCUGCAAUAGACACUAAUAUCAAGCCAACAAAGGUCAACGCAAACCCUUCUGUCUCUCCACCUAGAUGGCUGAAGUGGUUCCCUGCAGUGUCUAUCUUCUUGUACUACACUUUUGGGGUGUUAAUCUUUGGAGUAGGCAGAGCACAGCCAUUUGCUGCCUGUCUUCUCUUUCCCCUUGAUUUUACAGCAGCAGGUGGUGUAGGUCUGACAUCUGGGCCUCUCCGGACAUUCUAUGCUAUCUACUUAGAGGGGGCUGUGACACUGGCUGCAAUAUCCGUCUCCAUCCUUCAAGUUUCAGCUUCAAGAGGAUUAACAGACCUAGGUUUGAAAUUUGGACUACUAACAAACUCCUGACUGGAUUGCUGUAAAAUUAUAAUAUAAAUACUUUGUUAUUCUUCACACAUGAAUUUCUAAUGUAUUACAUGUCACAGUUUAUGUUGGACAUCACAUAUUUAAUAUAUAGAAUGUUUCUUCUACUUCUGUCCUACGGUGAUAUUAGGUAACAGACAUAUCUACAGUUUUCAUCCUUCAAUAUUAGUGGCAGCAGAUGGUAAAAAAACUAAGAACUUUUCAAUAGUAAAUAUACCUGUAUGUCCAUCUCAAUGUUUUGGGUUCGGUUCUGACAGUGCAAUUAUUAGUAUACAAAAUAUCAGCCAAUAUACUGACAAAUCACCUGAAGACAACCAUUUUCUGCAAUUAGGUUUAUGGUUUUCUUGGUAAUGAAAAUGUGGAAUGUUGUUUUUGGGUGUUGACACCAUAUAGUCACGUAGUUAGAUACCAACAUUUUGAAUGAACAUUGUUAAUUACAAACAUCACAGCCAAGACCAAAAUCAAACUUCUGAAAUGUUGUAUUAAUCAAAUAGACUUCAAAUGCUAUAUAAUGUUCAACAAACAGUAUCAUAUCAACCACUGUAACAAACGUUAGGAGAAUCACAUCUCAGAUAUUACCAAAACAGGUCAGAGAAUGAGCGAGCACAGUUUGUUGCCUACAGGCAAUCAGCAGAUCAAAUCUUUAAGCUGAAUAUCCUGACUCAGAAGUUUGGUGGUUUUCCUUACUCACUCCAGACAAAUGCUCAGAUCCUUGUUUCUUCCUCUGCAAUCCCACCGAAGUCAUACUUCAUCACAUACUACAAUCACUGUUAGCUUCCUAACAAUCAAUAUUAAAUUAAAUAUAAAAAAAUUAGGGAAAAAUCAUUACGCAAGAUAUUUUUUUAAAUGUAAAUUAAACAAGAGUAAAUAUAUAUAUAUAACAUGUGAAUAUGAUCAAAUGUGAAUAUGUAGUUCCACUAUUGCACAUAAAUCGCAAUUGUAGUGUAUAAAAGGCAUAAUAGAGAAGUUCUGAGGAAAUUUAUUUUCACUCUAGAAAUAUUUUAUCCACUUACUAGUUGAAGUUACCAGAAAAUUGGGAGAAAAACACAGCACUUAGCAAGCUUUCAGACCCGUUUAGAAAAUUAAGAUAAUUUUUUUUUUAUUGAGUCAAUAUUUAACUUAAAUUUUAAUAUUGAGACUAAUGGACAUAUGCUUCAUAUUAAAUAAAAUCAAGAUUUUAAACAAAGAAAUAUGCUGGCAUAUGAAAUUGAAAUGCAUUUGUAAUCGGCCACAUAACCUCCACUGACUACUUGUAUUCUUUCAAUAACAUAAAAAUUGUAUAUUUUUAUAUAACAGUGUAACAUGGUCAUUUGAUAAGCAAUUUUACUUCAAUAUACAUAUAAAAUCAAUGUUAAUUUCUACAAAAUAUAUUUCUGGUACCUACAUGUAUUUUAUAUAGCAAAUGCCAGUAUGAUGUAUCAUGUACAACUAGGGAAAAUUCCCUGCAUAAUGUUAUGCUAUUUUUUUCAAUUAUUAUCAAAUGACCUACUGAAAUCAUUUAUUAAGUUCAUCCUUAUGUAAUUCUGGAAACUGCUGGAUACUCAUUUGUUAUCCUUUUCUGGAUCACUGUUAGUUUAUGGAAACCAAUUAAUUUAAUGUUGUACUAUAUAUCUAUGGUAUUAUGAAAGACUCACUAAAACACUAAAAUGUUGUAUAAAGCAAAGCUUUCAUGGCGACUGAAAUUUAUGAAAGACUCUCGGGCAACAAGCUUCGUCAGGUGGCUGAAUGGUGAAAGAACGUUGGCAGAAUAAAUGGUUCAUUUACCAUUCAACAACCUGAUGUGGCUUGUUGCCCGAGAGUCUUUCAUCAACUAAAAUGUUUGUUCAUUAACUUAUUUUUUAGCUUAUAAAUACACAAUAAAACAUAAUCUUUUUAAAGGCAGCUCCUGAAGUGGAUAAGUAUUCCAUUUCUCCAUGACAAAGACAGAACCUGACUUUACAGUGCAACUUCUCUAAGUAGGAUAAUUUACUGUAGAAUCAGUGGAUGUAAAGCCCUCAGGUUGGGCCAGAAUGCUGUGAUUAUUUUCUCAACUUAGCCAUCUCCUUGACAUUCUUCUGUAGGGAAGUGACAAUAUUGUUGGGGUAAGCUAAAGUUCCAGACUGUACUCACACUGGAUCUUAUGAUAGCUUUACUUUGCAUUACAAAAUUUUAAUGCCCACUGUCACACAAUUAAAUCAGUGCUUGAAGUGGGGUGUCAUGUAUAUUUCUAGUACUUCUUAAAUUAUCCUGUUGCUUAUUGUAGACUUAUUUAUAUUUUGGUUAACAAAUGUUAGCCUAAUAUAAAAUAAGAUACCAGCCAUCCCAAUUUUGUUUCCCUCUUGUAUGAAACACUGCUAAAAAUAAAAGAAUAUGAGAUUACUGUUUUUUGGAAUUCACCCCAUUGUGUGUAUCUCAUUAGAUGUAUUCUAGGAGUUUUUCCUUUUAAAAUGCAAGUUAAACUGACUGUACUAAAAUAUUACUGUCUUACCUUAAUACUUACAUGUUAAUUCAAAGUAAUGAAACAGAUUAUUUACUUUUCUGAACAUUGCAGUUUUUAUACAGAUCUAUACAACUGCAUCAUUUAAAUCUAAAAUGCCUCUUACUGUUUAAUAUAUAUGAAAUAUCAAGUGAUAUUAAUUUUAGAUUAACAACUGUUUUAUGCUGUCUAGCCUCUUUUUCUCCUUAAUUUUAUUAGAUAAUCAUGAAUUAGAGCAAUGAAACUUGUACAGUGAUGUUAGCAUAGAUGCUGAAUAUCACUAACACCUUCUUAUUUAUACAUUAAUAUUAAGAUUUAAACUAUGUAAUAUCUGUGUUCCUAAUAUCUUUAGAUACAGUAAAAUACAAUCACAACUUUA